UUAGAACAAUUUGAAACAGAUUUUUUAAAGUAAGUACUUUGCAAAAGCGUAAGAGCUAAAACAAGGCAUGAAAACCGUAAGACAAGAAAAGCGCCCACCCAUUCCAUUGCAGUCUCCCCGGAGCACCCCGGGGGUUAGUGGCUGCACGGCUCACCGCCCGGCCCCGCUCACUCCCGACACUGCGGGCUGUGGGGCGGCCGCUCCUCUGCAUCCUGAGCACUGUGAUGGGCACACAGCGGGCGCCCCAUCCACCGAGGCAGUCAGUACCGGCCUAGCAGCCCCUGCAGGCCACGCUGCGCGGGGAUCCUCUCAGCCGCAGGCCCAGACUUAGCACACGGCCAAACGAAUGCAGGCAGGAACACCGCGCAAAGCCCCCCGGCAGUUCGGCGCGCAGGCUCGGAAACUGACUGGGCGACCUCGCCCCCGGUCGCCGCUGGCCAAUCAGCGCGGGCCGCUAGAUCCGUGCCCGCCCCAGGCCGCGCCCGCAGCCAAUGAGAGAGGCCCGAGAGGCCGGCCGCCGAGCCCAGCCCCGGUCGACGCACUCUGCUGUUCGCCUGUCAGGCUCCAAAUAAAGUUCUUCGGGGCUUUGAAUUUUUUUUUUAAAGCGCCCUCUGCAGUCUCGGCCGCCGCGGUCGAGAGCGGCCGAGUCCCCGCCCCGCCACUUCCGGUCUCGGCGCCCGGAGCCGGUGCGGCUGUGAGGGGCUGCGUUUCGCCGCCGCCGGCCGGCCGGGCAUGGUGUUGGGCGUCGGGCCCACCUCGCCUGUCUCGGGGUGUCCAGGGUAAAGGUAGCAGUGAUGCUGACGCUGGCAAGCAAACUGAAGCGGGAUGACGGUCUCAAAGGGUCCCGGGCAUCCGCCACAGCCUCCGACUCCACUCGGCGGGUUUCUGUGAGAGACAGGCUGCUUGUCAAAGAGGUUGCAGAACUUGAAGCUAAUUUACCUUGUACGUGUAAAGUGUACUUUCCUGAUCCAAACAAGCUUCACUGCUUUCAGCUAACUGUCACCCCAGAUGAGGGUUACUACCAGGGUGGAAAAUUUCAGUUUGAAACUGAAGUUCCUGAUGCGUACAACAUGGUGCCUCCUAAAGUGAAAUGCUUGACCCGGAUCUGGCACCCCAAUAUCACAGAGACAGGCGAGAUAUGUCUCAGUUUACUGAGAGAACAUUCGAUUGACGGCACCGGCUGGGCCCCCACGAGGACACUGAAGGAUGUUGUUUGGGGAUUAAACUCUUUGUUUACUGAUCUUUUGAAUUUUGAUGACCCACUGAAUAUCGAAGCCGCAGAACAUCAUUUGCGGGACAAGGAGCUGUGGAAGAAUAUCCCGUGGUGUGGCUCUACCGUACUUUUCUCAACCAUUCUCUUAUGGCUGGGCACUCAGGUUUUUCCACGGGAUUAUUUUCCAGCUACAGAUAGCACUGCAGAGGACUUCCGGAACAAAGUUGAAGACUACAUUAAGCGUUACGCCAGAUGACAGGAGGAGAGGACUGCGGGGCCGUGGACUGUGCGUCACCAGUUUGUCUCCAGCUGAAACGAGAAGGGAGUCUCCUCCCCGUCCUCGGCUCCCCUCAGUCCCGCUGGGCCAUCCCAGUCCUGCGACCAUGCUGUCCUGAGGAAGAACCUCUUCACGACCGCCCAUUGUAGACAGAGAGUUCCACGUAAAUACAGCCAGGAAAUGUGCUUGGGAUUCUAAAGAGUUGUCUGCUUACCUUAACAUGUUUACUUUUUUGAAACUGUUACUGUAUAGGCUGUUUAUGAGAUUCUCGAGAAGUUGUGAUGAACUCAGCAUUGAGGCUAGAGCUUGCUUCUCCCCUUUCCCCGCAGUCAGUCCCUGCACAGGUGAUGCUAAUGAUGUGCUCAGUGUAGCUCGCAGAUUGGCGAUCAGAAACCCGCUACAAACUGUGAUUGGAUGCGAAUUCUCUUAGCUCCUUCCACGAAUGUUGGCCCUGCCUAGAUGUCGUGAAGCUUCCCUGAAUGCAUAGUCAUUCACUGUAGAUCUCUUACUGAAAUGCGUAUUUUAUUUAAUGUAAGUAUAUUUUGGAACAGAUUUGUAAUUUGUACAAUUUAAUGCUUUAAUUAUUUUUUUCUAUUCUCAUUUAGUUUGUAUUUUCAUUGUAUAGAGCAGACAGAAAGAUGUUGGGUCAAUCAACUAUUGAAGAGAAAUACAAAGAACAUAU